AUGAUUAUGGCAUUGAGGUCCCAGCACACGAUCGGUUUUUUGCUCGGGCCAGGCUGCGCAAAAAAAACGCGCGAACUGUUGUGCUGUUUAACUGUCAUACACAUCACGAUCAGAUCAUGGAUAUAUAUCCAUAGAUCAGAUUCGGCUUUCAGCUCACCUCAGGAAAGGGGGUGCACCGGCCUCCUUUUGGCUCCCCUAAAUCCGUCAAUAGAAAAAGAUCUAUUAAGAAAGCUUGGUAAACGAGCACUUCGCUUGCAGAAAGUCGCAGAAAGACCUAGAUGGGUCUUGAGAUCCGCUCUGAACUUCGCAAGUGAUGGAAAAGUAGUCAGAGAAGUAGCCAGUGCAAGAGAACAAAAUAUGGAGAUAUAUAAGAAAAGAAAGGGGCACGAGAAACUAGUCGAGCAGCAGAGUUAA